AUGGGUCUCUUUAGCAAGAAGAAGGAUAAGAGCGGAAAAGAAAGCCCGGCUCCGGCAGCCCAGAACCCGUAUGCUGCACCUCCAGCAAAAGACCCAUACGCCCAACCACCUCCCUCAUACCCGGGCGGUGCAGACAACUCAUUCCGACAGGAGAAGACACCAGCCGUCACGGGACCUGGUCAGAGUUAUGGUCAGAGGCCAGGCGGAUAUGGCGCUCAGGGAGCAAGUUACGGUGCACAGUCAGGGUACGGCCAGGAUGCUUAUGGUGGAGGACCGCCUCAGCGUCCCGGUGGCUAUGGUGGACUCGGUAGGACCCCUUCAAAUGAUACCAUGAGCACCGAAGCUGGCCGCAACGAGCUCUUCGGAAAUGCACCAAAGCGCCAACAAGCUCAGCCAGCACAACCACCACAGCAAUCCGGUGGUUACGGAGGUGCGCAAAGUGGUGGAUACGGUGGCAGCGCUCCUGGCGGCUAUGGCUCGGCGACACCCGGUGGUUAUGGAGCAUACGAAGACCGUCAACUGACGGCUGAGGAACAGGAAGAGGAGGACAUCGAAGCCACCAAGCAAGAGAUCAAGUUCAUGAAGCAACAAGAUGUAUCCAGCACACGAAACGCCCUCCGCCUAGCUGAACAAGCCAUGGAGACCGGUCGCGGCACACUCUCAACCCUCGGCGCACAAGGAGAGCGCAUCCACAACACCGAGCGCAACCUCGACCUCGCCUCCAUCCAAAGUGACCGAGCCAACGGCCAAACCAAAGAACUAGCCCGCAUCAACGCUAGCAUGUUCUCCAUCGUCCCUAACCCCUUCACCGGCAACUCGAAGCGCGAAAAGGAAAUGCAAAAGGCAAUGGACCAGCACGCGCGCGACCGCGAAACUCGCGAGGCCACUAACCGCGCCGCUUGGCACUCUGCAAACCGAGUCAACGAAGCCCAGCGCGGCAUCGGAGCCGCUGGUGCUGGUGGCGCGAACAGCGGGUCUAAACUCAGCAGGAUGAACAAUUAUCAGUUCGAGGCUGAUGACGAGGAUGAGGAUAUGGAGAAGCAGAUUGAUGAUAAUUUGACGCAAUUGCACACCAUGGCCAAGGGUCUUAACCAACUCGGUCGCGCGAUUGGUACAGAGGUCGAUGCCCAGAAUGAACAUAUUACACGUAUCACCGGCAAGACUGAUCAGGUCGACGAUAAGAUUGCUAGGAACAGGCUUAAGCUUGAGCGUAUUCACUAAGGGGGUUUGGUUGGAACGGUCUGGAUGAUAGCUUUGCGUGUCUGUGUACGUGUGUGUUUUGAAAUAGGGUAGAUUAGUCGACAACGGAAAGUUGCGGCUUUGAUGGAGACUCGGGUAGGAGACUUUGG